AUGUAUAUAUAUAUAUAUAUAGAGGUAUAAGAAGUAGAAUAGUUUUGCCAACUUUUUUGGUUAAUCGUCGUUUCUGAUCUCAAAGCUUCUUCAUAGAAUUUGUCUCAUUCUUCUUCUUUCCCCUUCAGACAGAAUCUCAGAUCCUUGUUCCAAACGAGCGGAGUUUUGAAUCUGUUAAAUGGAAGUUUUUUGGGUCUGUUGAAUCAUUCUCAUAUAGUUAACUGCUUUUUUGGUCGCUUUAUUUCCUUCUUAUCUGUAACAGUUUUUGUGAGGAUUUUUACAGGAAUUUUGGCGGGAGUCAGAGUAGGAAGAGUAUCAAAGAAUGUUGGGAGAUUUCAUUACCAGAUUGCUUAUAAUGCUUUUCGGGUAUGCAUACCCUGCAUUUGAGUGUUAUAAAGUCGUGGAGAAGAACAGAGUAGAAAUUGAUGAACUUCGUUUUUGGUGUAAAUAUUGGAUACUUGUGGCUAUGCUUUCAGUCACUGAGAGGAUUGGGGACAUAUUCAUUUCAUGGUUUCCAAUGUAUGGGGAGAUGAAGGUGGCUUUCUAUGUCUACCUUUGGUAUCCAAAGACCAAAGGAAGUAGCUAUAUCUAUGAGACACUGUUACGGCCUUACAUAGCAAAGCAUGAAACAGACAUCGAUAGGAAAUUAGUAGAGUGGAAAGCAAAGGUAUGGGAUGUGGUAUCCUUCUACAUGCAAAACUCUGCAGAGUUUGGGCAGUCUGCAUUCUUCCAGUUUCUUCAGUACUUGGCUUCUCAGUCAGCAAGGUUUCAAAACAACAAUAAUGGCUCCGAGGUAGAUUCUCUUGUCAUUUCAUUUACUGCCAUUUUUUAUUUUUACAACAAAUCUCACAUCAGAUACGUCAUUUCAUGGUGGUGUACUUUGAAACUAAAACACCUCUGUCCAAAAUAGCAUCUUUCAUUGUCGUACUGAAAUCAACUACUAUUUUCCCAUGUCACAAAAUCUAUCCAUUGUUUAAUCAGGGAAUCAAUGGGAGUACACAGAGGUAGUACAUAUUUUACAAUAUAAAAACUAUACAAUAUGCAGUCUCUAUUCUCAUUUAAAAACAUGGAAAUCUUUUUUCUAUUUUGGUAUUUCUAAAAGAUGCUUAUUCUCUAGCCAGAGUUAUAGCCCCAGCCUUUUAAUAGCAGAAUCUUGUAUAGGCGGAUAAAGUUUGAGGCACAUUAGGAGGAUAAUAUCGAAUUGUAGGGAAUUAGAAACUAUGAUCAUUGUGUUUGUUCAUAUAAAGAAAAUGUACAUGAGAAUAUACGAUUCUGAUUGUAAGAAACCUUUGCAGAAAAACGAUGAUCAUCAGCAGACUCAGAAUGGAUCAUCAACAAACUCAUUCUUACGGACGCCAAACAAGCUUCAGGGAAGUCAGUCAUUAAAGAACAAGAAGGGACUUACAUCACCGCCAUCAUCGCCGGCUUCCAAAACAAUCAACCGCUCAGUUUCCGAGAUACCUUCAUCAAAGCUCCGACAAGUUAAAAAACUCAACAAGACAGAAAUUGCACACAUUGAGGAAGCGUCCGUGGAAGACUCUGAUUCGGACGCUAGCCCAAGAGGCCAUAUCAAUGAAAAGCUCAAUGAAGCUCGCCUGAGGCUCAGGCGCUCCAAACCAAUCCCUUGAGAAUUUGCAACCCACCAACCAUUGUACAAAAUUCAACAAGAAAAUUUUACAUCUUUACAUCACAAAAAGAUAAUUGAGUCGAGAAACUUUUUAUUUAUUUAUUUUUCUUCCUUUUUCUUCUCUGUCUAAAAAUUCAAAUUCAUUUCAUUAUUUUGUUUUUCUUUCUUGUAAAAUAUAUUUAAGAAAUUAUACGCUCAAAAAGCUAGCAAAUUUUCUGCAAUUUUUUUUCUUGCCAUUUUGUGACCAAUCAGCGGUGGUUUGUAAUCAAUGAUUCAGGAAAACACCCAAACAAAAACAAAGGUGUAGAAAAUCGAGAUAUACACAGAAAAAAAAGAAAAAAAAGAAAAACAGAA